UCGAUCUUAACUACUUUCCGGAGACAUAUGCCAAUACAUCGUUGCUCUCGUCAUCGGAUGUUGAUUGGUGAAAUGAACCUCCACGAAACUGGAUUUGGUUUUGCAAUUAGCACCACGCCAUGAGCAAUCCACGCUCCUCUACAAUUCCCCACUGAACUUCUAUUGACGCAAUAGCAAGAAAAGAAAAUGUCUGCAAUUUCAGAACUCAAAUUCCUGACACCAAUCUUCAACAAUCCAAAUUCACAAACUCAACAAACCCAGUAUUGUUAUUAUUAUCAUCAUCAUCAUCCUCAAACCCUCAAAUUCCAGAAUGAAAAUCUCCGCUCAAAAACCCAAAAUUUCAGAUGCUCAAAUCUUGCUUUAAAACCCCAGCAAUUGCGGCCAUGUUUGGCCGCAGAAGUUGUUGAUUUCCCACCGUCUUCUUCUAAUGAUGAUUCUGAACAAAACCCAGAAAAGAUUAUUUCUUCUUCUGCAGCAGCUGCUGCUGCUGUUGCUGCUGAAGAGAGGAAAGAUAGAAGAAGGGUAGUGAGGAUUGCGUGGGAGAAACUUGUUCGUUGGUCUCGUUCUUUGCGUUCUAAGUCCAGGCCUGAUGUUCUUCAACGCACUCAAAAGGUAGUGGUGCUUGGGGGUGGCUCUUUUGGUACAGCAAUGGCAGCCCAUGUUGCAGGUAGAAAAGCAGAAAUGGAAGUCAAUAUGCUUGUACGUGAUCCUCAAGUUUGUGAAUCUAUUAAUGAAAACCAUUUCAAUUGUAAAUAUUUUCCAAAUCAUAAGCUACCAGAAAAUCUUAUUGCCACAACUGACGCCAAGUCUGCUCUGCAAGGUGCUGAUUUCUGCCUUCAUGCUGUGCCAGUGCAGUUUACGGCUUCUUUUCUUGAAAGCAUUGUGGAUUAUGUUGACCCUGGCUUGCCAUUCAUUUCACUUAGCAAAGGUUUGGAGCUUAAUACACUGCGGAUGAUGUCUCAAAUUAUUCCACAGGCGCUUAAAAAUCCUCGUCAACCUUUUGUUGCUUUAUCAGGGCCUUCAUUUGCAUCAGAAUUGAUGAACAAACUGCCAACAGCCAUGGUUGUUGCUUCAAGGGACAAGAAAUUGGUGAAUCAAGUUCAGCAACUUCUAGCUUCUGAAAGGCUAAGAAUCAAUACUUCAAGUGACGUUACAGGGGUUGAAAUAGCUGGCGCCCUGAAAAAUGUUUUGGCUAUAGCAGCUGGAAUUGUGGUUGGGAUGGAAUUGGGCAAUAAUUCCAUGGCUGCUCUUGUUGCACAAGGUUGUUCGGAAAUUCGUUGGUUGGCGAAAAAGAUGGGAGCCAAUUCUGCGACACUUACAGGGCUAUCAGGAACCGGAGACAUUAUGCUUACAUGCUUUGUUAAUCUAUCAAGAAAUAGAACUGUUGGAGUUCGUCUUGGGUCAGGUGAGAAACUAGAAGAUAUACUGAGCUCAAUGAAUCAGGUUGCUGAAGGAGUUACUACAGCUGGAGCUGUGAUAUCCUUGGCCCAAAAAUAUAAUGUGAAGAUGCCAGUUUUGACCGCAGUAGCUAGAAUAAUUGACAAUGAGUUGACUCCUCAAGCAGCUGUUCUUGAAUUGAUGAGCUUGCCUCAGGUCGAGGAAGUUUGAAGCCUGUGAACCGAGUUUUUGUUACAGCUUGUUUUCCUCUUGGGGUAAAACAAUUGUAGAUCUGCUCCAGGGAUUUUGCUAGUGAACAUAUUGAUACAUCUGCCAGCUUAAUUAGAGAGAAACUCAGGAAGAAACCUAAUAACCAAGUUUCAAGUAGAGGACAUUGCAGAGGUCAUAUAAUGUUAAAUUAUUCAAUUAUUUACUCCAUUAUGUAAUCUGAUACUUCAUCAUUUAAACCAGAAAUUCUUGAAUAUUAGUUGCAAUGCAAUGGUUAAUCUUUCUGAUUUA